AUGAUACCCAAUUCGCCCAUGUCAAGACCGUCCACGUCGAUAAUUACGUCUCUAUCAGUUCUGGUAUUGAGCUUGAUGCUCUGCGCUCCUGGAAACACUGAAGCUACACUUUCAUCGCCCAACUUGGUCUUCGACUUUGAAACACUGAUCGAACGAAGCGAUACAUCGGAAUUGAUAUAUGAACCAGAGUUUGCGGCAUUUGAUCGCAGCAUUAUUGGUCGUGCCACGCCAGAACAGCCAUUAUUAACGAAUAAUGGCCCUGAUAGUCGAUCGAUAAUUCCUGGAGGGACUGUUUGUUAUAUUGUGGAUAAGAAGACGUUGUUUGGGAAGGACAAGAGGGACGAUGAGCAUAAAACGAACGGGGAGACAGGGCAUCAGAACUCUCGUCGAGCAGAGACGAAGACUGUCUAUGUAUCUGCCAAUACUUGUUCCAGGCCAACUCUAAAGACCAAAGACAAGAGCGGGAAUACAGAAUUGGCACCGCAGCUCAGUCUUUAUACUUCAACAACAAACAAAAUCAAGUGCCCAACGGCAGGCAAUUACAACGAGUCGAAUCCCAAUACCGCCAGGAUACCGUUCGACGAGGGCGCAGUUAUGCUAACUAUGAAUGCUACCAAUGACAUAUACAUCAGCGUUGUGGCCCCGAAUAUAUCAAAGGCUGAUGGAGAAUACAAAUACCAAAUCGCCAUUUCUUUCGACGAGUAUUACCACAAUUACGAUGCCAAAAAUGGCACUGCUCAACUACUGUUGAUGGACUUUGACUCAACAUCAGCCCUCCUUUUCACCAGUGAUUUGACCCAGGACUCGGACGAGACCCAGCAGAUCAUGAAGAGGCCGCCGCCUUUUCAGAUUUUUGUUGGGGACGAAAAAUUGAGGUCCAUCGAUGGUCUGCGACAUUCAGCCUGUGGCCUAACGGACCACGCGGAGAUUUGGGCCAACGAUAAGAAGACUGGGAGAAACAACGAUCUUGUUACUACCGGCCUUACGACUCGAGGACAAGGAGGAUUGCCCAAGCAGCAGUUUCUGGUUACAGGGCUCAAUCACAGUACCACCUACUCGGGAAUCCUCGUCAAGAUGCCGGAUAGUGAUAGCAAACGAGAUACCAAGUCUGGGAGCACAAUAGGGGGGGGAGGCACUGUCUACAACGCCACCACAUUUGAGACCUCAUCCAGCACAAAUUUACCUGGCAAUGACAAAAAGUUCAACAAUACUGCUCUGGCCAAGCACUACGAUGAUUAUGCCAGAAAAAUGUACGCCAAUUUCGAAAAAGUCAUGAUGCAGGUACCCUGUGAAGCACCCCCUGAGUCUCGCUACUCACUAGCACGAGAUUGUGACGAGUGCCGAGAGGCCUACAAGCGUUGGCUCUGCACUGUCACGAUCCCUCGCUGCGAGGAUGUUAUGGGUGGCAGCAGAUAUAGCGUUGUUCGCGACGCUUUUCAAGCCUUUCCCAAUGGAACAACGCUUCCUGAUGAUUUCCGCAAGGGUCUCAAGGCCGCAGCAAAUAACUCCUCGCGUAACGCCUGGAUCGACGAAACCGUCAAACCUGGUCCAUACAAGGAGUUGCUACCCUGCGAGGACGUCUGCUACGAAGUCGUUCAAGCAUGUCCCGCUGCGAUAGGCUUCACCUGUCCACAGCCUGGAUUCCCAAGUUUCAGUGUGAGCUACGGACGGCGGAAUCCGGAUAUUUCGAGUAUAACAUGUAACUACCCCGGCGAGCCAAGGACGAGGGUUAGUGCAGGUGUAAUUGUUCGACCAAGCGCUUUUGCGCUCGGUGCAGUGUCGUUGAUGGUCUGGUUGAUACUAUAA